CCCCCCUUCCGUAGCUGCCGUGUUAACCCGAGAACGCCAUCUUAAACAGACAGGGGGUUUAAACGGGGCAGAAAACAGGAGAACCGGAGGGAAACCGGCACUUAGUGUUCGCGUUUCAGGACCUCGACGCGCUCUGGAAUACUUUUAAUCAUGACUGCGGGUGUUUAGAGCCGAAAGUGGGAGCUCGGAGCGGGGGAAAUUAGGCGAAGACUCUAGUUAGCCUUUAGCAGGCUAGCACUGGGGAGGGGCGGGGGCUCGAGGACUAUUUUUUCUGGAAGUUAUUUUUGUUUAUGUUUUUCCACUCGGACAUGUCGGCUUCAAAUUCAGACAUGCCAGACUCAAAUCUGGGUUUGGGGGCCAGUGGGACCCAAGCAGGCGGAGGGGCAGUGGUGCCAAAAGGGACCAAUAAGAGACGAGCUCCGCCGGACUUUGAUGAUGAUGAAGGAAGCAAGUUGUUCAGGUGUGAGGACGACACCGGAGGCUCCAACAAUGACAAAGAGCGAUUUGCCAGGGUCUUUCUCUGUCUCGUCUCUCUGUCACCUGUCUCACUCUGAGCAGGGGAGGCUAUGACGGCCGUUUGGGAGGAAAACCACCCAGUAAUGAGUUUAAACCAAUCUUUAUGGUGGAACAAGAGGAUAUCCUAGCUUUAUUUAUCUGUGUGAUGCUGCUUCUUGGGGCUGCUGGCGUUUUAUGACAUACCACUGUUAUGCUGAACAUGGGUAUUUUUCCAGAGAACGUUCAAUAUGAAUCCUUAUACGUCUGGAAAGGCUCAUUCAGCCCAGACCCUGAUGUAAGGGGAGCUACUCCACGGCCAAACUAAAAUCUCUGUGUCCCUGGUCCUCAUAGAACCUUCAGGUGGUCACCAAACUGUUUAAGUGGAAGCAUCUUCCACUUUAGUCCGCUAAGCGACCACAGAGAGACGCUAAGCGACCACAAAGAGACACUUAACGACCACAAAGCAACCACGAAAAGUUCUGUCCCCUCACAGCUAGAAGAUCCCCGGUUUGUAUCCUGGCCUUCCUGGGAUCUUCCUGCAUGGAGUCUCCAUGUUCUCCUGUACAUGUGUGGCUUUUCUCCAGGAUGGACAAUGAAAAGUGGCAGAAGGUUGAUUUUUCUCAUGAAUCAUCCAUUGAACUGCAUCCCAAUCAACACAAAUCCUGCAGAAGACGCACUGACCCAAGAUUAACCAAGAAAACAGUGAAGUUUGGUGAAAGAAAAAUCAUGGUUUGGGGUUACAUCUGGUAUGGGGUGUACGAGAGCUCUGCAGAGUGGAUGGAAACAUCAACAGCCUGAAGUAUCAAGAAAUUCUUGCUGCCCGUUACAUCCCAAACUAUAAGAGAGGGCAAAUUCUGCAGCAGAAUGGCGUUCCUUCUCAUACUUCAGCCUCCACAUCAAAGUUCCUGAAAGCAAAGAAGGUCCAGGAGCUCCAGGAUUGGCCAGCUCAGUCACCAGACAUGAACAUUAUUGAGCAUGUCUGGGGUAAGAUGAAGGAGAAGGCUUGGAAGAUGAAACCGAAGAAUCUUGAUGCAUUCUGGGAGCCCUGCAGACUGUUUUCUUUGCCAUUAAAGAUGACUUUAUCAAUAAGUUAUUUGAGUCAUUGAUGAGACGUAUGGAUGCAGUCCUCCAAGCUCUGGAAGUCAUACACAAUAUUAAUUCUUUUUUUUCAAGACACCAUGACUUAAUGUUCUGAUGUUUUUAUAGCAUAUUUGUGUAUUCAGAAUAAAGUAUAUGUAUAAUUUCAACAUUAUUUUUGAAUGCGACAAGAUUUUUGUCCAAGCAAAAUCUGACCUUUCUGUCCUAAUUAAAUGAUAAAACUCAAUGAAUGAUACAAAACUUUAUUUUGACGUAAUAAAUAUAAUCUAGAGGGCUUUGUCAUUCAUAUGAGCCAUUUCUGAUUCCAAUUUAUCAACUACAAGUCCAGUUGUUAUUUGUUGUUCCUACAACUUAAGAGAAGCGACAAGACUUUUGUCAGGGACUGUAGACUGUUACCUGUCCAGGUGAACCUGUGACGGACUGUUACCUGUCCAGGUGAACCUGUUACAAACUGUUACCUGUCCAGGUGAACCUUCAUCCUCAGUCAUCUGGGACAGACUCCAUGACCCUGAUGAGGGUUGACGGUGUAUAGACGAUGAUUGAACCUCGUUAUAAUCCACGGAGAACUGUGGGUUUCGAGAGCGCUCAUACGGUAACUUGUUGUUUAUGGUGGUAAGUUUUCCUUCAGAUCUUCCAGACAUUCAGCAGUCAGAUUUGAUCAGUUUGUCCUCAGAACGGCCUUCAUGAUGUUGAUGAUAAACUCUGUGUUUUCAUGUCUAUCAGUAGCCAAGAGAAGCCGACUCUAAAUACAAAAUAAAGCUGAAAACAGGUUUUAUGGAUAUGUGGUUGAUUUAAACUCAUUACUGGUAUUUUCUGGGAUUACAGAGCUCCCCUGCUCUCACUUUUUCAGAUCAUGGACUUCACGUUAUUGUUUUGCUUCCUGCACCAUUCCCUCCUCUUCCUCCUCCUGAUCUGGCAUGGCAGCAUUAACUCUGAACUCUACUCCAUGUUUCCACCUCACCUUUGUUUCCAUUCUCCAGUUGUAUGCCACCUUGGAUUGUUCUACAAGAUGCAAAACGACAAACGACAAAAACGAGACAAAAAAACGACAAAAACAAGACAAAAUGGAAAAAAAUGUCUCAAACGACAAAAACGAGACACAAAACGACAAACGUCUCAAACGACAAAAACGAGACACAAAACGACAAAAACGAGACACAAAACGACAAAAACAAGACAAAAUGGAAAAAAAUGUCUCAAACGACAAAAACGAGACACAAAACGACAAACGUCUCAAACGACAAAAACGAGACACAAAACGACAAAAACGAGACAUAAAACGACAAAAACAAGACAAAAUGGAAAAAAAUGUCUCAAACGACAAAAACGAGACACAAAACGACAAACGUCUCAAACGACAAAAACGAGACACAAAACGACAAACGUCUCAAACGACAAAAAUGAGACAAAAUAACAAAAACGAGACACAAAACGACAAACGUCUCAAACGACAAAAAUGAGACAAAACAACAAAAACGAGACACAAAACGACAAACGUCUCAAACGACAAAAAUGAGACAAAACAACAAAAACGAGACACAAAACGACAAACGUCUCAAACGACAAAAAUGAGACAAAACAACAAAAACGAGACACAAAACGACAAACGUCUCAAACGACAAAAAUGAGACAAAACAACAAAAACGAGACACAAAACGACAAACGUCUCAAACGACAAAAAUGAGACACAAAACGACAAACGUCUCAAACGACAAAAACGAGACACAAAACGACAAAAAUGUAUCAGAAAACAAUACAAAGACAAAAUUACAGAAACGUCUCAGAAAAUGACAAAAACGAGACACAAAACGACAAAAACAAUACAAAAUGGAAAAAAAUGUCUCAAACGACAAAAACGAGACACAAAACGACAAAAAUGUCUCAGAAAAUGACAAAAACGAGACACAAAACGACAAAAACAAGACAAAAUGGAAAAAAAUGUCUCAAACGACAAAAACGAGACACAAAAACGAGACAAAACAAAGGGACAGAAGACGUCAAAAACGAGACACAGAACAGAAACGAGGCCAUCCGUUCCUACUCCUGAUCUGGCAUCGCAGCAUUAACUCUAAACUCUACUCCAUGUUUCCAUCUCGCCCAUCCUUUCCCUCCUCUCCUCCUCCUCUGCCUCUUCUCCAGGGAGAACCACAGCGAGAUCGAGCGGCGGCGGCGGAACAAGAUGACCGCCUACAUCACGGAGCUGUCCGACAUGGUGCCCACCUGCAGCGCGUUGGCACGGAAACCCGACAAGCUGACCAUCCUGAGAAUGGCCGUGUCCCACAUGAAGUCUCUGAGAGGAGGUGGCGUCUCCAACGCUGACGGCUCCUACAAACCCUCAUUUCUCACCGAUAAGGAGCUGAAGCAUCUCAUCCUGGAGGCGGCUGAUGGCUUCCUGUUCGUGGUGUCGUGUGAGACCGGUCGCAUCGUCUACGUGUCCGACUCGCUGACGCCCGUCCUCAACCAGUCCCAGUCUGAGUGGCUCGGAUCGUCCCUUUAUGACCAGCUCCACCCGGACGACACAGAGAAGCUGACAGAGCAGCUGUCCACGGCGGAGAACAACAACACAGGCCGGGUUCUGGACCUGAAGACGGGAACGGUGAAGAAGGAGAGCCAGCAGUCGUCGGCUAGGAUGAGUAUGGGAGCCCGUCGGUCGUUCAUCUGCAGAAUGAGGUGUGGAACGUGUCCGGUGGAACCCAUGUCCAUGAACAGACUCAACUUUCUACGGAACAGGAACAGGAACGGUUUGGGAACAGCUAAGGAAGGAGAGCCUCAGUACGUGGUGGUCCACUGCACCGGAUACAUCAAGUCCUGGCCUCCUGCAGGAGUUUCUCUAACAGACGAUGAAGCAGACAACACUCAGGGGAGUCGCUACUGUCUGGUGGCCAUCGGGAGAUUACAGGUCACUUGCUGCCCCGGCGACACAGACCUGAACAGCAUCAGUGUUCCCGUGGAGUUCAUCUCCCGCCAUAACUGCCACGGCGUGUUCACCUUCGUAGACCACCGCUGCAUGGCCGCCGUCAGCUACCAGCCACAGGAAUUAUUGGGGAAGAAUAUUCUGGAGUUUGCUCAUCCUGAAGACCAGGGCUUACUGAGAGACAGCUUCCAGCAGGUGGUGAAGCUGAAGGGCCAGGUCCUGUCGGUGAUGUUCCGGUUCCGCUCCAAGUCCAGGGAGUGGAUCUGGAUGAGGACCAGCUCCUUCACCUUCCAGAACCCGUUUUCAGAGGAGAUCGAGUACAUCAUCUGCACCAACGUCAACGUGAAACAGUUGCAGCAGCAGCAGCAACAGGCCGACCUGGGAGGGGGCGGAGCCAGAGAAGAGAUGUACGAGCCCGGACCAAUCACGCUCUCUCAGAUGCCGGUUCAGCCAGUGACAGCAGCCGGACCGGACCUCAGCAAAAGCAUGGAGAAACCAGACCUGUACCCGUCCCUGUUCCAAGGCCCGGACCAGACCAAAAACAUGCCCUCCACCUCCACUCCAUCCACCCAGAUCUACACCAACAACUUCACGGCCGGCCGCUCCAGCGACACCUACAGGCCGGUCAGUAUGACUCCACAGAUGGCUCAAUCAGCCCACUCAGCAGGACAGAUGUUGGCCCAGAUGUCUCGUCAGAACGGGGCUCCACAGUCGGUUCCCCCCUCCAGCACCAGCAGCCCCCUGCAUGGAGGCCCGGCGGGAGGAUGGCCUGGUGCCGGCGCUGGAGCCAGACCUCAGUUUAAUAACCAGCAGGUGGCGCCUCAGGCAGCAAAGACCAUGUCUCCACCGUUUCCUCAGAUGGGUGGGUUUGGAGGAGGCUCUUCUAACACGUUUGGCCAGAUGCCGACAGGUGCUGCCCCCACCCAGACCAACGCCGGAAACUACCCCCAGAUGAACUCUCGGCCCAGCAUCAACACCAACGGUUACGAAGGUUCCCAGUCCGGAGCCCAGUUCCCGUCUCGAGCGGCGGAGGCGGUUUGGCCUCAGUGGCAGGGCCAGCAGCAUUCCCAGAGCAACGCCGAGCAGCAUCCUCACGCCCAGGGAAACCAGCCGGACAUGUUCCCUGACGUCCUGUCCAUGCUGGACCAGCCGGCCAACUUCAACGGCGACGACUUUGAGAUCCCCAUGUACCCUCCCUUCAACGAGUGACUGUCAGCUGAUCCUCUCCUCACCUUCAGCUCUUCUUCAGCUCUUCCUGCUCUCCUCAGCAGUUCUUCUUUGCUUUGCAUGGCUCGUGUUGCACAGCAGCUACAAACGGAGGAUCCGGGAGGAAAACCCAGCGUUUCUAUUGACUGAAAGAUCCAUUAUCUGGACAGUAUUCCUAAAUCCAGCACUCCAGCUACCAGCUAGCAGAUACCAGCUAGCACCUAGCAGCUAGCACCUAGCGGCAAGCAGAUACCAGCUAGCAAAUACUAGCUAGCAGGUAGCACCUAGCGGCUAGCAGAUAGCACUGCCCAAAGCUUCACAGCCUCCUGCUGUAGAUAUAUACAGUAAAUAUCUAAAAUAUAUCAAAGACGCACAAUCACACUGAAUAGGUCGCACACGCACACACACACACACACACACACACACACACACACACACACACACACACACACACACACACACACACACACACACACACACACACACACAAACCUGAACACAGACACACACAAAGGCCUUUGGUUCAGUUUUUCUCAGGCAUUGACUCAGAGUGUUGCAGUUUAACCCUUUAGAUAGGUCACCUGGUGGAGGGGUUCAGGUCUGGAUCUACACGGUUCAGGUCUGGAUCUACACGGUUCAGGUCUGGAUCUACAGGGUUCAGGUCUGGAUCUACAGGGUUCAGGUCUGGAUCUACAGGGUUCAGGUCUGGAUCUACAGGGUUCAGGUCUGGAUCUACAGGGUUCAGGUCUGGAUCUACAGGGUUCAGGUCUGGAUCUACAGGGUUCAGGUCUGGAUCUACAGGGUUCAGGUCUGGUUUUAUCCACUUGGGUUUCUGUGGCGUCGCCGAUAAAACUCAACUUUAUCAGAAGGUUUUUCUUCUUCAUCUGUGAACGUAUUUGAUGUUACCACGGCAACCUACUGUUAACCAGCUGGAGAUGGAAGAUGAUCUGUUCUCUGCUACAUACAGACAGGAUGUUCUACCACCGUUUAGACGUUUAGGGUCACCUAGAAACCUCCUGAUUCCUGAAAGAACAAACGAAAGCUAAACAGCUUUCAACACGUUCUGGUCAAAUGUUGGGUCGUUCUGGGAGAUUCAGAGUUCAUCAGGAGGUAGGGCUGGGCAAUAUGGCCCCAAAAUAAAAUCUCAAUUUUUUUUAUUUUUUUUUGUCAUCUUGGACGAUUUUAAUGGAUUUUUGUUGUUUCUUUGCGGUCUGUUUGCUAUGGCUAGUGCUAGCCAUGCCGCACUCCCGUAGCUGCAGCACUCUUCCCAUUCUUUAGGAUGCCUCUGUCCGAGGUGCUGAAAGAGGUUAGUUGUGCUGCUACUCUUCGUUUUCACAGUACUUUUGCAAACCUUGCACAUGACUGUAGUUUGCUCUGUGUCAGUCUUGUCAAAGCCGAACCACUUCCAUAGAAUCGAUGUAACAUGAGGCCCUUUUCUCAUGACCAACUCUUCGUCUGCUGUUCUGUCCGCCAUGACGGGGGUGUGAGUGUUUUGGUGGAAGGAGAUGAGAGGCGGAAGCAAACGCCAGUGCAGAAGAAGAAUCUGUAUUGUUAUAUAUUUAAGCUCGCCUCGAUUUUACGAUUUGGCAAAUUUUCGAAUCAUCAGGUUUUAAAAAGGCGAAUUAAUGGAAUCAAUUCGAUUUAUCACCCAGCCCUAUCAGGACGAUUUAGUUCCAAAGCAGUUUAGACGGUGUUUAGCUGAUUCUGGACACAUUUUGAGUCCAUUUAAACAACUUUCAAAAACAUUUUAAACAGAUUUAAACUCAUUUCAGGCACGUUUCAGGUCAUUUCAGACAGUUUUUCACUACUUUUGGACAAAUUUCAAGUCAUUUUUGGCAAAUUUAACUGGUUUUGGACAGGAUUUAAGGAAUUUUGGGCCAUUUUGAGUUAAUUUAAACAACUUUCAAAGCAUUUUAAACAGAUUUAAACUAAUUUUAGGCAAGUUUCAGGUCAUUUUAGGCAAAUUUAACUCUUCUCGGAAUAUUUUUGAGUCAUUUUGAAUGCGUUUCAAAGCAUUUCAAACUAUUUUUGGCUCAUUUUGGAGUUUCGGGCAGAUUGGAGUUUCAGGUCAUUUUGAAACAGUUUUGGGUUAUUUGGGGCGUUUUUGAGUCCUUUUUCACCGUUUUUUGAGCGUUACUACAAAGUUAAUGUGGUAAAUGACUGUUGUAGCUGUAAACGGCUGAUUUUUAAUGGAAUAUCUCCAUAGGGGUACAGAGGAACAUCUCCAGUGUUCUAAUGCUACAUGCUGUUAGCGAGCGGUGCAGUUCUGUUAGCACAUGAAUAAAAGUGUGAGUUUGUGUCUGGGUGACCCUAAACUGUUGAACGGUGGUGUAUUUUAUAUAUAAUAUAUGUAUUAAUGUGUAUUUCUAUAACGGAUGCAGACGGAUGGUUCUGGGUUUAUUCUCUCCUUCGUAACCCUGUAAGACUUUUUGUACUCGUUUUGUAAAAGAAGCAAUAACUACCAGGCAGGAAUCGUGUUCUUCUGAAGCCAUUCUUUAUAAAUGUACUCUUUGAUUCGUGUUAUUAUAAAAUGUUUGGAUGGAGUUGAAAGUAUUUUAUUGUUUUCUAAUCUCUUCUCUGAUUGGUCGAACGGUUUGAUCAGGGUAUUCAGGAUUAAAACGGAACCAGCAGCGCUAAGAAAGUCCAAAAAGUUCUGUUUGUUUUCAGUGUUGGUCCUCUGAUUUGUGAGAGUCUAGGAGGAGGACUGAGCCUCUCCCAGGAUAGAAGAACGUCUUUGUUCAGGAUGGAGCUCCAGACGUUUAAUCAGUGAAGUGUGAAUCUAAAGCUGAGCCCUGAUGUUCCACCCUCUGAUGAUGUUUGUAUGUAAACCUGUAGAUAAUCGUCCAGUUCUCCACCAUGUCGUCUCUUUGUUGCUCCAGAUGUCUCUGAUCGCUCUGUGUCCACGUUUUUGUUGUUUUUCACUCAUAGAAACACAAAUAUAUAAAUAUACUGUAUAUGAAAUUUUAAUCCAGAGAAAGAAAUGUUUGGUUUUUGUAUUAAAUUGUUAUAUUGUCAGAAACAAA